AUGGGCCCCUGUACCGCCUCCUCAUGCUGCUGCCAGGCCCGUAAUCUGCCAUGGGCCCCCCCGUACCGACUCCUCAUGCUGCUGCCAGGCCCGUAAUCUGUCAUGGGCCCCUGUACCGCCUCCUCAUGCUGCUGCCAGGUCCAGAGUGUCUCAUGGGUCCCUGUACGGCCUCCCAUUGCUGCUGUCUCCAUCGCCACACUCUGCCAUGUGCCACUUUCAGGUCUCCUCACACUGCUGGUGGGUUCCAUUUUGUCAUAGGGUGCUGUAUGGCCUCCCAUUGCUGCUGCCUCCACCGCCACACUGUGGCUCCACACUCUGGUUUUGGCCCCGUGACUGCCCAAAUGAGUGAAGUGUGCGGUGAUUCUAAGAUCGACGGCACUCAUCUGCAUGUCAUACUGACUGACAGUAUUAUUUCUCUUCCCCAGCAGACUCCAAGGGCAUUUAAAUUAAAGGUACAGUGUUCUGCACUAAUAUAA